GCCCUCUCUCUGCCUUGCUUACGCCGGCGAGGAUCAGAGGAUGGCACAAGUCAACCCAUCGACGUUACCCUUUCUGAGCUCAAGUGAGGGCAAAGAUGUCGGACAAGCGCUACGAACAGACAUCAAGGCGCCCCUCGCGGCCAGCGUCGCCCGCACCGAGCUGGCAGACGACCUCUCGGUUGACUCUAUGGUUCCCUCUGACAGCGAGGCAGAAGCGAAACGACGCACCGCGCGGACUGCUCGCAAGCCUCUGCCCGUGCCUGUGCCUGACUUCCGCUUCGAACAAGGCUACUUGCUCUCAAUCGCGCCGUAUGUCAAGCCGGCAAAAAGGAGCAGCACCGAACCGCUUCAGGGCGAGCCUGUCAAGAUCGAUAGCGAGGAGGAUGCAGCUCUUGCGUCCACUGGCGACAUGUUCGCACAACCCGUGAUAGUAGAUUGGGCAAAGAUUGCGUACCUGACUCUGCGCGAUCAGAUGAUCUGGCCAUUCCUCACUGCUAUUGCUUGGUCGUCCGCGACGUUCAUGUUGAGCGACUACCAAGCUUACAGACCAGCUUCGGCUUCUUCAAGCACCAGAGACGAUGAUCACUCUAUCUCGCAAUGCAACGCCUACAAUGGCGCUGUGCAUCUCGUCUCCUUACACAAUGAUCGGCCUAUCAGCUCUUGUCAGCGCGAGAUGCGGCGAAAGAGAGCGCGUUCGUCUCGGUCGAAACGGCGGCAGGCCACAUCUGGCUCCUUGCCAUCAUACAAAGCUCGUGGACGAAGCAUUAUGAGCAUGACGCGCUAUCAUCGAUACUAUCAUUUGCAGAGGAAAUUUACCCCGGAUUAUAUUUUUCCGCUUGCGGCGAAGAAGAUCAAGAUGCAACCCUUUGACGCCUCCCGAAUUUUGGGCGCUAUCAACAUUUCGUGUCGAGCGCUAGCUUCUACGCUCGCGAGCGACCGUCAGAUGCAGAUGCACGGAUCACUCGAGUUAGCAGCAGCGUCGACUGCCGAUCCGUUUCAGGCUUACCUGGCGGCUUUUGAGCCGCUCUUGUUCCCAAAGCCCUCGCCAGGCUUCGAAGGCAGACUAUGGGCUCUCGCUGCACUUUCCGGCGGGCACAUCAUCGUGACGACCCUCUACAUGUUAGUCUGGGCAAUGGGUAACCGGACUCAUUUCAUCAGACGUGUCAUUCGUCCAGAUGGCUCCUUCUGGAUCAUCAACCCUCUUUGGGGAAGCACAUUCGAGAUCAUGUCGGGAGCGGUCAUCAUCUUCAGCUGUGUGCAGUAUCAUCGAGCAUACAUCCUCAGGGACAUCAACGCCUUAGGCAGCGUGAUCUCACUUCAUGCGCUCACAUGGGCGCCGCUCUGGCUCGCCUUCUGGAGCCACCUCAUCGCCAAUAUACAAGCGCUAUCCAUCAUGUCGGCCAAGACGCCCGUUAUCAGGCCACAUCUGCUCAACUGCAUUGCGAUUAUCACGCCCAUCAUCAUAUUCGGACCAUUACUGACAAUAUCGCUCGUUGCCGAUCACAAAUGGAGUCAGAUCUUGAAUAUUAUUCGGCCUCUUCGCUCUCAGCUGCAGAGCGAUAGCAUUGCCUUUCAAGCGAAUCCCGCAACAGCUGUAGCGGCUCUACAAGCGCUUGCGCCCUCCUUACUACUUGUUCAGAAGCUCAAUCGCCAGCUGCUCGUACUCGGAAAGGCAAUCGCGGCUGUCUGGAUAGUCAAGAUCAAGAUCGCCUUGGCUGCCAACGUCUUCAAUUGCGUACUGCUAAAGCGCCUCUCGGAGUCCUUGAAGUUUACAAGACGACGCGACCUCGUGCCCGUCGAGGAAUGUGCACCGACAGACAAGACAAAAUGGUCGAGCCAGCCGGAGUCAACGUUCAGUGUGCCUGCUCACACGCGCACAACAUCUUUGCAGACAAUUGAGAGACUGGGAUAUGUCCACCGGCUGGAGGCGCUCAGAUCGGUCAUCGCCGUCGUUUUCUUCGUCGGCGCCGUCGUCUGCACGAUCUCACUCACCAUUGCGCUCAUCACCGCUUUUGAUACGUCGAGAGUGAUGACCGACUGGGCACUCGUUGAACUUGCAUCCACGGGCAUCAGUUGGGGCAACACGGUACUCAUCAUACCCGCCAAGAGCGCACAGAUCUAUCAGGCGCUCAGGCAUCGAAAGGAAUAUCAGAGAGCUGUACGGCAGCAGGCCGCCACUUCCGACAGUUUCGAAACAAAACUCACCCUCGAUUUGGCGCAAGCUUCGAUGAGCGGCAAUGCGUCUGGACACGAUGGCACAAAGCGCAACAGCACUGUCAGUGGCCUGAAUAUCCUUUAUGACGAGACAACGAGCAGGACAAUGCGCUACUUGAGCACUCGUGGUGCGCCAGAGAGGCUCACUUUCGAAGAGACGGUCCUCACAGGCUUGGCGCCCGACGGAGGAUUGUUCAUUCCUGCAGAGCUGCCUACUCUCCCCAAAGACUGGGCAACGACCUGGUCAAAGCUCACUUUCCAGGAGCUAGCGUAUCAAGUCUACUCGCUCUACAUUGACCCGAAAGAGAUCUCGCAGAGCGAGCUAGAAGGACUCAUUGCCAAAUCCUACGCUACCUUUCGACAUGAUCAAGUCGCACCCUUGCACGAGAUCAACGAGCACCUCUACAUCCUCGAGCUCUUUCACGGACCUACAUUCGCAUUCAAGGACGUCGCGCUGCAGUUCCUUGGCAAUCUGUUCGAAUUCUUCCUAGCGCGAAAGAACAAGGGCAAGCAAGCUGCUGAACGUUCGCGUCUGACCGUCGUGGGCGCUACGAGCGGCGACACCGGAAGUGCGGCAAUCUACGGGUUGAGGAAUAAGCAAGACGUAUCGAUCUUUAUCCUGCAUCCCAAGGGACGCGUCUCGCCCAUACAGGAAGCGCAAAUGACGACAGUCACAGAUGCAAAUGUCUUCAAUCUUGCCGUCAAGGGCACGUUCGACGACUGUCAAGACAUCGUCAAAGCCUGCUUUGCGCAAAAAGACUUCAACGCGAAAUAUCACCUUGGCGCUGUCAACUCGAUCAAUUGGGCUCGCAUUCUCGCCCAGAUCGUCUAUUACUUCUCCUCUUACUUUGCGUUACUCAAACGACUCGGAAUAGACCCAGCUUCGCCAGAAGCGAAAGAAGUCAAAGUGCAGUACGCCGUCCCCACUGGCAAUUUCGGCGACAUCCUGGCUGGCUACUAUGCAAAGUCGAUAGGCCUACCGAUCGACCAGCUCAUCAUCGCUACCAACGAGAACGAUAUCCUCGAGCGUUUCUGGCGCACAGGGCGGUACGAGAAAGCAGACCCCACUGCCACUGCGAGCAAAGACAAUUCGAAGCAGACCGAAGCCGUCAAUGGAUCUACAGAUGGAGCGCAAGCUACUCAAUCGGCUAGCGGCGAGAGCGUCAAGGAGACUCUCGCGCCUGCAAUGGACAUUCUCGUUUCCUCCAACUUUGAGCGCCUGCUCUGGUAUCUCGCGCACGAAUGCCUUACGACGUCUGCGCAAAGCAACGGGCACACCCGCGAUGACGAGAGGAUACGAAAGGCCGGCGAGAUCGUGUCUGGCUGGAUGAGUGAUCUGAAAACAAAGGGCAAGGCGGUCAUGGGCGACAAGGUGUUGCGAGCUGCUCAGCGCGACUUUUGCGCGGAACGCGUUAGCGAUGAGCAGACCAUUCAGACUGUCAAGACGUUCUUCACGGCUGACAAGUCAUACGUCGUCGAUCCGCAUACUGCCAUUGGCCUAGAAGCGGCUCAACGGCUCGCAAAGCAGAACGCAACGAAGACGUACCAGAUAGCGUUGGCAACAGCGCACCCAGCCAAGUUCUCUUCGGCCGUCUCGCUCAGUCUAAAAGAUCACCCAUCAUUCGACUUCGAGCGCGAUGUCUUGCCGGACGAAUUCGUCGGCUUGCUAGACAAAGAGCGAAAAGUCAUCGAUGUACCCGGUACUGACCCCAAACUGACGCAAGAGGUCGUAGCGAGGGAAGUGGCCAAGCUGUAUGGCCAGCCGGCGGCAGGGGAUGAUGCCGCGAGCGCGAAGGCCAACAACAUGCAAGCGACCGCCAUCAAAGCUGCAGCAGGUAUCCUAGGAUGGAUGUACCUCGACGCCCAGCAUGGCAUCUCUGCCGAUAGAGCCAAAGGCGCUGGACUCAUUGCCGGCUCACUCUCGCUCAAGAGGAACGACCGAGCUGAUGAGAACUCGCUCUACUACAAGUUUGAGAAGUCGGUCAAGAAGUCGCCGGAUGCGGUCUGCUACAUCUGUGAUGGCAAGUCGCUCACCUGGAAGGAGGUCGAGGAUAAAGCCCAUCAGGUGGGACACUUCUUCCUCAGCAAGGGUAUCAAGCGAAAGGACGUGGUUGCGAUCUACAUGCCCAACAAGCCAGCCUACCCCAUCCUCUGGCUCGGAUUGAUGUACAUCGACGCUGUCCCGGCAUUCAUCAACUACAACCUCACUGGCGAAGGCCUCGUCCACUGUAUCUCGGUGGCCGACGCCAAAUUUGUCGUCUUUGAGCACGAUCUGGAAUCGUCUAUUGCCGACAUCGAGUCUGUCCUCGCCUCAAAGAACGCUGAAGCUCGCCUCUUGCGCUGGGACGACGAAUGGUCUGAAGGUCUGCACAAUAGCUCCAUGCCGACGUGCAAGAAUGCAGAGACUGUCGAUGCAAAGAUCAUCAACAACAUGAGCACCCAGCCACUCCCGCAUGUCGGCCAUCGCGACAAGAUUGGCUUCCAAGACCCUUGCUGUCUUGUAUAUACCAGCGGAACGACCGGCCUGCCAAAGGCUGCCAGUUGCUCGCACGGCCGCAUUGGCUUCGCAUCGAUCAUGUGGGGCUGGGUCAACCACAUCAAGACAGGCGAUCGCAUCUAUACACCCAUGCCACUCUACCACUCCACCGCAUCUUUCUUGGCCAUCGCCAUGUCGUGGGCAGCUCGCUCCUCCGUCGUCAUCGGUCGCAGAUUCUCCGCAACGCGUUUCUGGGACGAAGUCCGUGCUAGCGAUGCUACCGUCAUCCAGUACGUCGGCGAAGUCUGCCGAUACCUGCUCGCUGUACCGCCUCAGCCCAAUGAUAAGGAUCACAAAGUCAGACUGGCGUAUGGAAACGGAAUGCGUAAAGAAGUCUAUGCCCGCUUCAAGGAACGAUUCGGCGUCAAGGCCAUCUCAGAAUUCUUUGCGAGCACAGAAGGCAACGGCUCGCUUUUCAACUACAACACCGGACCCUUUGGCGAGGGUGCAGUAGGUCGAGAUGGCACGAUCGCUUCGUUCACUCGCAGGAAAGACCAGUGUAUCAUCAAGAUCGAUCCUCUGACGGAAGAGCCUUACCGUGAUCCCAAGGGCAGAUGCGUACGAGCAGACGUCAACGAGCCCGGUGAGCUGAUCACGAUGAUCGACAAGACGUCGGCGUUCAAGAACUUUACUGGCUACCAUGGCAAUGAGGCAGCAACGAAGAAGAAGAUCCUCUCUGAUGUCUUUGCUCCCGGCGACCUCUACUUCAGGACGGGCGAUCUCUUGCGCAAAGAUGCAGAUGGCUUCAGCUUCUUUGGGGACCGUCUCGGGGACACUUUCCGCUGGAAGUCUGAAAACGUUUCGACGGAGCAAGUCGCGACUGCGCUCAACGAAGUUGUCGAGGAAGCCAACGUCUAUGGCGUCGAAUUGCCCGGCCACGAUGGUCGCGCAGGCUGUGCCGCUGUGCCAGCAACAAACAUGAUUGAUUACGACAAGGUAGCUCGACACGUCGCUGCCCGUCUGCCAAAAUAUGCCCAGCCUCUCUUUAUCCGCAUCGUGCCCAAGAUGGAAACGACGGGUACGGCAAAGCAAGUCAAAGUCGCCCUGCGCAACGAAGGUGUCGAUCCUCUGAAGGUGCAAGAUCCUGUCUACUGGCUCAAGGGCACGACCUAUGUUCCGUUCUCGCGCGAUGAUUGGGCUGCCAUCAAAGCCGGCAAAGUGAAGUUAUAAACCAGCACGAUCACCGUCAUUGUACAGUUGCGGACUUGCGUGCACUAGAUGUUCUCACCUUGUCGCUAUGCGCCCAGACCGCUCCUGAGAUCGUGAAUGUUGCGCAUGGUGCUCUCGAUCUUGACGCCCAACUGCUCGUUCAGCGUUGCCUUGUCCAGCAGAUCUCUGCCUGAACGGACAAAGUGUGCAGCCAGGGCCAUCGAUUGCUCGGGUGUGGCUCGUGCUGGCAUGGCCUGAUAGCGCUCGAGCAACUCCCUCGCUUCCUCUGUUGAGGUGAUCGAGGCCGUUUGAGGCUGCUGAUGGAGAGGACGAUCCGAUAGACUGUCGAACGAUUUGGCGACGGCUGACGAGCUAGAGAGCUUCGCCAUGUCGUUCAGCAUGUCAUCGCGAGUCAGCGUGAAGCUCUCCUUGGUCGGCAUCUUGCCAGCAGCAGGCUGUCGAGUGCUGGCAGCGUCGCGC